AUGCAGCUUCAGGAAUUGCGCGACGAGCUGCUGUUGGCGGCAACGCCAGCGGGCUUCUCGCUGGACGAGGUAGUGGUGCGGUUGGUGCGAGCGGACGAACGGAUCAAAUGGGACGUGCUGAUGGAUCAGCAUCACUACCUGGGCUUCAAGCGGUUUGCCGGGCGCGGGCUGCGCUAUGUGGCGGAAUGGCGCGGCCGCUGGAUAGCACUGGCCGGCUGGCAGGCCGCAGCCCUCAAGUGUGCGCCACGCGAUCGCUGGAUUGGAUGGCGCGGCAAGAAGAUGUUCAAGCGCCUGCAUCUGAUCGCGAACAACACCCGGUUCCUGGUGCUGGGUGAGCGCGGGGUAUUUGCGAAUCUCGGCUCCUGCAUGCUGAGCGCGAUGCUGCGCCGGCUCAGCGACGACUGGCAGGAGCAGUACGGACAUCCGCUGCUGGUGGUGGAGAGCUUCGUUGACCCGGCACGGUUCACGGGCACCAUGUAUGAGGCGGCGAACUGGAGCUACGUGGGCAACAGCAAGGGCUAUGCGCGCAGCAACGGUCACUACACCGACCCGCACGGCAAGCCGAAGCGGCUGUACGUGCGCGCGUUGCGCAGCGACGCGUGCGACAUACUGCGCCAGCGUGGUGAAUUGGCCGACUGCUGGCAGGCGCGAGUGCCGACGGCAGGCGGCAACGAAGUUGACAAGCGCAGUCUGUACGAGGAAUUGCAGAAGCUCCCGGAUCACCGCCGCGGGCAGGGCCGCAAGCAUUCGCUGGCGACCGUGCUGGCGGUGUACCUGCUGGCGAUGUUGUCCAACAUGCGUGGGCCGGUGGCGGCCGCCGAGUACGCGCAGGCGCUCGAACAGGAGGAACUGAAGCUGCUGGGGGCGUGGCGCAACCGCGCCACGGGACGCUACGAGCCGCCCACCAAAUCGACCAUUCACCGGGUGGUGAUGGCAACCGAUGCCGAGGCGCUGGAAGCGAUGCAGCAGCGCUAUGCGACGGCGCGCGUGCCGGCCUCCGGAGCGCAGGAGCAACGGCAGGCACUGGCGGCCGACGGCAAGCGGAUUCGCGGCGCCAAUCGCAACGGCACGAUGCGCUACGAGACCGCGACGCUGGUCGAGCACCGCACCGGCGUGCCGGUCGCGAGCCUCAACUUUCACGACCAGAACGGCGAACUGGCGGCGGUCGGGGCACUGCUGGAGGUGGUUCCGAUCAGUGGCGCGGUGAUCACCCUCGAUGCGCUGCACACCACUCGCGACACCACCGUCAGCAUCGUCGAGCAGCAUGGCGCCGACUAUCUUCUGACCGUCAAGGGGAACUGUUCGGAGACCUUCGAGGCACUUGCCAGCAUGCCGUGGGAGGACGCUGCCGGGCGCUUCUCCGAGGACCCGCAGAAGGGCCAUGGGCGUAUCGACCGGCGCCAUAUCGAGGUGCUCACGCCGCUCGACAAGACGCUCAACUUUGCCCAUGUCGCGCAGGUGUUCCGGGUACGUCGCGAGCGCACCGACCUGAACACCGGGGUCAAGAGCAUCGAGUACGCCUACGGCAUCACCUCACUGGCCGCCACCUGCGCGCCGCCGCAGCAACUGCUGGCCUGGAAUCGCGGCCACUGGGCGAUCGAGUCGAAGAACCAUCAUCGCCGCGACAGGACCCUCUGCGAAGACGCCUGUAUGGCGCGCAGCGGCUUCUCGCCAGCCAACCGUGCGACCUGCAACAACAUCGUACUGGCGCUGAUCCUGCACCACCGCCGGUGGGACAACGCCGCGCAGGCUCUGCGCUACUUCACGCUGCGCCGGAGCGAAGCCUUCAAGGCGCUGCUGGCGCCCGGCUGA